CCUAUACCCCCGUUUUUCUUUCCACCCUCUUCUUUCCUCUUCACUUUUCUAUACUGCCCUUUUUCUCACUACCCCUUUACUUCCUCCUUCAUUUUCCCCUCUUCCCAUACCCCCCUCCCCAGCCUGUGAUGCAGACCGGACCAUGGCUGGCCAGAACGACAGCCUCCACAUCACUAUCUACUCUCUGGCGCUGCUGACGGGCCUACCAGCCAACAUUCUCGCCCUCUACGCAUUCCUGUCGAAGGCACGGCGCAAGGCGGGGCCCAACAUCAUCUUCCUCAUUAACCUAACCAUUUCUGACUUGGCCUUCCUGCUCUUCCUGCCCUUCAAGCUGGUGGAAGCAGCCAAGGGCAGCCACUGGGUGCUACCCGUUUUCCUCUGCCCCCUCAGUGGCCUCUUCUACUUCAGUGCCAUCUACAGCAGCAUCCUCUUCCUGACCGCCGUGGCAGUGGAGCGCUACCUGGGCGUCGCCUACCCACUGCGCUACAAGAUGUGCCGCAAGCCGGCACACGCUAUCCUGGUGAGCUGCCUCCUCUGGAUCUGCGCCUUCUCACACUGCAGCAUUGUCUACAUUACUGAGUAUCGGCGCACCGGUAACAACACUGCCAACGCCACUGUCUGCUACGACAGCUUCAGUGAGGACCAGCUUGGCAUCCUCUUGCCCUUCCGCCUGGAGCUGGGUAUCGUUCUCUUCUGCCUCCCGCUGCUCAUCACCACGUUCUGCUACAUCAGCUUUGUGCAUAUCCUCCUCUCCUCACCACACAUCAGCCGCGAGAAGAAGCUGCGGGCAGUGGGGCUGGUGCUCACCACGCUCUUCGUCUUCCUCGUCUGCUUCGCCCCCUACAAUGUCUCACACUUCGUGGGUUACGCCCAGAACCGCAGCCCACACUGGCGAACCGAUGCUCUCCUCCUCAGCACCUUCAAUACCAGCCUGGACCCACUCAUCUUCUAUUUCUCGUCGAGUGCCGUCAAGCGCACGUGCAGGGACUGCAUGUCGGGCCUCUGCCGCAAGCUUUCCCUGCUCAGCCCCAGGCGUCUGCUAGGCCUCAGGCCCAGCCGGUCCCAUGUCCCGGAACUCCGCAGCCAGAUUGGCACACAGACACAAUCUUCCCGCCUCUGACACACUGCCUCUGGAGGGCAAGGGGGUCAUAGAGCGGGUGAGAGUGAGGGAGGUCACAGGGGGUCAUGUAGACGGACAAGGGGGAUAUCAAAAGGGCACAGCAUUUCCAAUAGAAGAACAUCCCCCUUACCCAUCUUUCCUCUCUGCCUUCCCAACAUCACCCUCCCACCCAUCACCUUUCACCUUCAAGUGGCCCCCAUCCCCACAACCUCCCACUCUCGCUCUUCUCUCUACCCUGAAAUCUCUCAUCCAUCAACUCCCCUCCCCAGCCCACUUCUUUCUGUGGAGAGUUGUGUUGACCAAUCCCACAGGUGGAGCUCUCGCCUCACUGCCUAUUCUGCCUGUACAGAACCUUUUCUUUCUCUUUUUUUCUGUCUCUCUCCCCUCCCACCCUACAGAGACUGGAGCUGUGCACGGUGCUCCCGGUGUGGGUCUGACCCAGGGAUACGGAGACUGGAACUGUGCACGGUGCUCCCGGUGUGGGUCUGACCCAGGGAUACGGAGACUGGAACUGUGCACGGAGCUCCCGGUGUGGGUCUGACCCAGGGGUGGGGAGACUGGAACUGUGCACGGAGCUCCCGGUGUGGGUCUGACCCAGGGGUGGGGAGACUGGAGCUGUGCACGGUGCUCCCGGUGUGGGUCUGACCCAGGGAUACGGAGACUGGAACUGUGCACGGUGCUCCCGGUGUGGGUCUGACCCAGGGAUAUGGAGACUGGAACUGUGCACGGUGCUCCCGGUGUGGGUCUGACCCAGGGGUGGGGAGACUGGAACUAUGCACGGUGCUCCCGGUGUGGGUCUGACCCAGGGAUACGGAGACUGGAACUGUGCACGGUGCUCCCGAUGUGGGUCUGACCCAGGGAUACGGAAACUGGAACUGUACACGGUGCUCCCGGUGUGGGUCUGACCCAGGGAUACGGAGACUGGAACUGUGCACAGUUCUCCUGGUGUGUGUCUGACCCAGGUGUGCGGAGACUGGAACUGUGCAUGGUGCUCUGGGUUUGAGUCUAACUCAAGGAUAUGAAAUAAUGUAAUUCAGUGAUGAAAUAAAUCUGUAAUAAA